AUGAAAUAUAGGAAAGGGAACAAGUGUAGAACAAAUAAAAUAAAUGGAACGAAAAUAAUAAUAAUACACUGCUGUCUGCCAGAGAUGUGCCCCCGGAGCUGCUGUCUGCCAGAGAUGUGCCCCCGGAGCUGCUGUCUGCCAGAGAUGUGCCCCCGGAGCUGCUGUCUGCCAGAGAUGUGCCCCCGGAGCUGCUGUCUGCCAGAGAUGUGCCCCCGGAGCUGCUGUCUGCCAGAGAUGUGCCCCCGGAGCUGCUGUCUGCCAGAGAUGUGCCCCCGGAGCUGCUGUCUGCCAGAGAUGUGCCCCCGGAGCUGCUGUCUGCCAGAGAUGUGCCCCCGGAGCUGCUGUCUGCCAGAGAUGUGCCCCCGGAGCUGCUGUCUGCCAGAGAUGUGCCCCCGGAGCUGCUGUCUGCCAGAGAUGUGCCCCCGGAGCUGCUGUCUGCCAGAGAUGUGCCCCCGCCAGAGAUGUGUGUCCCCCGGAGCUGCCGCCAGCUGCCAGAGAUGUGUCCCCAGAGAUGAUGUCAUGUCCAGAGAUGUGCCCCGGAGCUGUGCCACAGUUUCAGCCAGAGGCUGUGUUGUGUGUUUUUUGUGUCUGUGUAAUACUUUUGUUUGUUGUAUCUGUCCGCCAGAGAUGUGCCCCCGAUCUGGUGUUUUUUCAUUGAGAGAUGUGACCCCAGAGAGCUGA